UCGUUUUCUAUCCUUCAAAUGUUCCAUUAAGGCCUGUGUUCUUAUUGACCAGCGCUAUACCCUCAGAUCCCGUUUCUAUUACGGAAGGUGCCUACGUGACGCCCGCGCGUCACGUUCCAAAGCUUCCUUCAUUUCGUGAGCUCGUCUAUUCACUAUCAGUCCACAACUAGAAUCAGUUUCUGUUUCCCAAAUACAGAUGCUCUCGUUCACACACGUGCGUAGACACGCAGCCACACGUAUAGACGGCCGCAACAUGACUAGCUAUAUUUCGACUUGGAUGCUUCUGUCAUUGAGUCCCUUUCCGGAUAACUACUAUCCUACAGGGGUCCAAAGGAACAGAUACUGCUAGCACCCUGUUUGCUGCUCAGUCUGGACUACCAGGAAGGUGGCGGUCCCUGGCGGGCACCGGCGAAGAUAAUCUGGGGGUCUCUGCUGUAGCGUACGCGUGCGUUACAUGUAUCGGGACAGACUCGGAACCGACGGAAUGAACUGCGGGAGGGGUAGCUAGUGCUGAUAGUCGUGCAAGUACGCUUAUAGCAGCGGCCGGCCAAACGUUGGUGCUCUUCUCUUUCCCAGUAGAGGGAAAGGGCAAUUGUAGGCUUGUUGUGGUGAACACGAGUUGGCAGGGGCCACCAAUCAGCCCCGGCGACAGGCGCGGGAGUGCAAAGCAUGCGGCAGGUUCACCAGCGCAAAGACAAGCAAAGUGACGCUAGUCUCGCUGCAACACGGCAUGAGGAGUCCACAAAGAUGGCACCGCAAAAAGUAGGAAUUGCUGACGCGGUCAGCCGCAGCCACGAAGACGGUUGCGACAGCAGCGACUGUUGAGUGCGUCGAGUGACGGUCUACUACGGCUACUACGAGAACACUAGUUCGAAUCAGUUAACGGUUUGUCAACGGACCGUGGUAGUAGGGCCGGCCUUCGAAAGCUAUCGAGGUAAUAGCAGCAGCGGCUGUGUCCAGUGUGGGAAACGCGAUAGUAGUAAUGCGGCAAACUAAUCUACGGGGCUUACUACCCCAGCUUUGGCAACUAAAGUUUUCGAAACAACAACAACAACAACAGCGGCAACAGCGAGUUCGGCCUCGCCACGCGCCUUCCGGCGGCGAAGACCUGUUGACUCUUGUGCUUCUUCCUUCUCAAACUCCUAUUGAACCACAGAAACGGUAUUAGCAGUAAUAGCAAUUUUACUGGGUUCCCCUGUCUCUUCUCUGCCGUCCAGUUUCAAGUACGUGCGCGAGCUCAGCCUUUCUGCAGCAGUGCCAUAAACAGGAAACCAUACUACAGAAAAGAACCAAGAAGGCAACACCGAGGACAAAGUCCGCUCCUGCUGCCGCCAACAGCUGUGCUUUGUCCUAUCGAUAGUAACGGUAGCAAGACGUCUCACGAUUCUCCUGCUGCAACUUUGCAGGUACGAAAAAUUUGACUUCCAGAGAAAGGAUAGUAAAGGUUCGAUUCUUGAAAUGAUCAUGCGACCACUGUUCAUGACUACAUUACCUGCAUCCGUAACCAUGUGUCGCCACCUGUAUCAGAGUUGUUAUUGUUGUUGUUGUUACCAGUUACACUGGCAGCAUUUAUCUGACGUUAGUCAACUUUCCUGCUCUUGAUCAGCAGCAGAAGAGGCCAGGGACAUUAGUAUCCGAAAUUCGACCUGAACCUAGUCCGCAGCAACGAGGUCAGGGUCUAUGCUUUGUUUAUGAAGCAAUUACAUUGGGAGAUACAGCACCGUAAUUAUAAUCGUGAAGUGAAUGUCAUUGUUGUUAUUAUUAUUUGGAGUAGUUGUUAGGCGCGUCAUAAGCCUGUAGCCUUAUUUUGUACGAUGUUGUAUAGGAAGGCAACGUGUGUGUCAGGUACAUUACGGUCGAUUGUUAGUAGAUAAUUGUGAUAGAAGGAGUAGAUAAUUGCGCGUGUCGAAAGUGCCUUCGCGAACAAGAAGAAAGGUUAGCGUUUACUAGAAGUUUUUCUUUUUCUCUUUUUGUAACAAACGACAGCCUCGGCUGAGCUAAGUGACGUACGUGACGGGCGAAAGACAGACAGAAGCCGAUUCCGAGGACGAGGACGAAGGCGACGGCGACGACAAAGAGGACUGCGGCGCGAAUUGUUUUGACGAUUAAGCGUCGUCCAACUUCUGCGGCAGCAAGUGGAGCGGCAGCGCGUUAAUCCCGCAUCGCCCCCACCGUUGCAUUCUCUCCGGAGAACCCAAUCAUAACAGCUGUUCUGUCCAGGGGGGUUUGCUUUUGUGCUAUAUGAACACAUAUACCGCAGCGUCGUUGAUUUGUUCCUCGUUUGCCGUAAGUGCGUCCGUGUAACGACAAAGAAACAAAACUACUAGACUGGCAACAAUACAAGGAACAAGUAGGAGAAGAAAGAAAACAGUGGAAGUUAAGCAUAAUUAUCCGUAGUAUCGAAUCUCAUAGGUUAAUCAUGAUAAACAGUAAAGUUUCAGCAGAAGGCGAAUAACGUUAGCCGAUGCGUGUCUGUGCCUGUGCUUCUCUUUAUGCCUCAUUCUCAUAAUAACCUCGUAUGUAUUUCGUUAGAACUAAGGUGGUAAGGGCGCGCGUACAUUAAUCGCGAUUUCCCUGUCACCCAUCGUUUGUACGGCGUUAGACGUGCUUCUCGUCGCCACCGGCAGGAAGAAGUGUACAGGUCGGACGAGGGGCAGAAGCGAUAAAAAAAGAUAGAAGAUAGCGCAGCGAGACGAUACCCAGUCGGUAGCAGCUACUUAGCGGGUUGCUUACCUUCUGGUUCGUUGUUGUUGUUAUUGCUGCUGCUGCUGUUGUUGUCGCUGUUCUUGUGGUCCUGUCGAACGACAAGUUGUUGUUACUAAAUCCAGCUUUGACCGUUCUCCCGCCUGUGGCUACCAUUUGGUGUGUCUCUCUUCACUGUCCAGUGAUCGUGCACGUACAUAUAAGUGUGAGUGGCUGUAACCGAAAAACUUAAAGGAAAACCACUAUAACUGACGGCAGCGUCAACUCGGUACGUUGUUGUCCGGGAACGCGAUUCGCGAUUUGUAUAUUGUGGAUACAGAGGGAUAAAGCGUUAUCGUCUUUGGAUUAGCUGGGAUUAGAGAACUCAACGCAGAUUCCGGCCCUCUAUCAUAUAUGCGUUAUCUAACGUUCACUUCAUGCACCGGCUUUCCAUUCACUGUUUCGCCGCAUAUGCAAUCGAGUAAUCGUGCAAGUAUUACGCUGAUCCGCUGCAGUAGAUGGUCAACUUGUCAGACGAGCAGAAUGAAGUGUGAUUUUACACUACUUUGGUUUUAAUAGCAACGAAGAUUUCUGCUAGUUAAUGAGCACUCAAAACACAGCAAAUAACGAGCGUGCGACGAGUGCCGCCAGUACUCAAUAGCCGCAAACUCUGCGAACAAGUAGUCACUCAUUAUCCAUCGCCUACAUAAUAUUUCCCGCCCCGAACGACGUGGUUGUACCACUGUCAUACUUCAGGCCGAAGGGCAAGUAACAAAUAAGAAUAGUAAAUAAGGAAAAGCAAGCAAUUGCAACGACAGCAGUCGAGAUUUUGUUUAUCAGUUAGAGAAUCCUUUCAAACAUGUCGUCUCCUUUAGUUACGACGAGCCCAUUAAUCAACAGACAAAUGCAAAGCAAGCGAUAAUCCACUCACAUAUUUAUUCACCAAUUUAUCGACCGACCAGCUACCGAUUUUCCAGUAAAACUACCAUCAUCCCUGUAGUCGCGGCAUCCAUCCACCUUAAUCAGCUGUUCGACAACAGCCACCGAGCCUAAACACAGGCUAACAAACAAUCCAUUGUUGCACUAUUACUAGCGGGAAUUUUCCACCCAACUACAUCUAGACCAACGGCAAUGUUAUUCCCAUGAAAGCGACUUAGAGCAAACAGCUAAUCGAUUAGCUACAAAGCCAAACAAACAAUCAAAUAUGGCAAAGUAAUAUUUGAACAAACAAACAAACCCAACAUAUCUGUUAUUUCACCACAGCGGUAUCCCGUAGUAUCGGCAGCAACUGAUAGAGACCACCAAUUCGUUGUCUUGAUACCUACGAUUAAUUAUCUCCGCCGGUUUCACUAUUAACAGAUGAUUUUUGCCACUAGCCUCAAGCGUCGACGCUGUAAAUCUGCGCGACGGCGCGAAUUCACUCAGUCGAGCAGGUAAAGGACAUUACGGUAAGGUAUCCCUCAGCUGCAACAAAAGCCCGAGGCUGUUGACAAAGAAGAAAUUCGAUUUAUUUGACGGAACAAAGAAAUCCAUCGCUCCGUAAUCUAUACCCUACCGUUAUCAGCGCAUAAUACGGAGACCCGCUCGAUUAGAUGGACCUGUGGCAAAAUUAAAGCAACCAGUGAUACUCCCGGUACCGGAAGCAAACGCUACUGCCUGUUCAUCAACCGAUAGGCCAAGUCGGAAUAAAUCCAACUAGCUAACAAUACCAUCAGGCAAACCUGAAAAGGUAAAAAACAAGGGAAAGACUAGCUAAAAUUUUAUUCAGUUUUAAGAACAAACGCCUACGUAAAAUUGUCCAGCCUAGAACACGCGCCAGGGGUUCUACCCAUGACUAUACGUUUGGUAUCAAAGAUCAAGAUGAAUUCAGUCUGUCGCGGUUGAAGGCGUGCUCGGUACGAAACGAAGGUCGGAUCAUGUUUCGCCUUUCUCGUUUUGUAGAUCUAAGCAAAAAUAUGUAUCUGAACACUACAUACCUCGGGCCGGUUGAGGCGUUGCAACGUGGUCCCAAGGAAACUGCCGACCUACCCAAGAUUCUUCACUGAAGAGAACGAUUCCAACAUCAAGCACGCGACCAAGACAUAUAGUAUGAGCGAUGCCUGUGUACGAUGCCAGCUUACCGGUUAGUGAUACAAGCGUGUGCUUCGUUCGUGCGUGAGUGUGUAAAGAGAAAUACAUUAGGAAAGCUGAUGCGUAUCAGCCAGCUAUUACUAAUCAGGACAAAGCGAAUAUAGUUUCUAUUCGACAGAGCUGUCGAACGCGAUCACCUACAAUUGGCCUUCUAGUAAUUGGUUAACUGUCUAGGUGACGCUAAUUAAGCCAGCAAUAGCAACCUCCAAUGGGCCGACGAUUGGUAGACUAGGAAAUAACAGAAAUAUCAGCCCAGCAGCGACAGUACGUAGAAUCAACAGCCGUAACGUUUCACCAGUAUACAAUCGCCGUUGGCUGACAUGGGCAAGAAGAACAGUAAACUGAAGGGGGAAGUAGUUGCCCGGCUCGCCAAGGAGACAUAUUUCACCGAGAAAGAAGUUAGACAAUGGUACAAAGGGUUCCUUAAAGAUUGUCCAGACGGUCUUCUCACAGAGCAGGGGUUCCUCCGGAUUUAUAAACAGUUCUUCCCCCGGGGAGACCCCUCAAAGUUUGCGUCACUUGUCUUCAGGGUGUUCGACGAAAACAAGGAUGGUUCAAUAGAAUUUGAAGAAUUUAUUCGUGCCCUUAGCGUAACAUCACGGGGCAACGUCGAAGAAAAAUUGUUAUGGGCCUUUCGUCUGUAUGACGUGGAUAAUGAUGGCUUCAUUACGCGCGAAGAGAUGUACAAUAUUGUCGAUGCCAUCUACGAAAUGCUCGGAAGCCAGGAGAAGGGCGAAGAAGAAGAAGACGACCCACGUGCACGUGUAGAUAGAAUAUUUGAACAAUUGGACAAAAAUCAAGACAACAAACUCUCUCUAGAAGAAUUUAAGGAAGGAUCUAAGCACGACCCGAAGAUCGUUCAGGCGCUGUCGUUGUACGCGCCGUAGAGUGCCAACAACGUGUCCUGCCCGAUAAUAACCAACAAAAAUAGCGCCUCUAAUAAUAAUAAUAAUAUCAUAUAGUAUUAAUGGCAGGUAAUUAAAUGCAGUAAUAAGAAACAGUAGUAGAAAACGAGCCGACAUUGAAAAAGUAAGAAGGAAAGGAAAAUUCAACAGACGACGCCGUUAGAUGAGUACAAAAAUCAGAUACUUAUAAGUGCAAUCAUGACCAUAGUCUAGUUAUCAGGAAUAACUAAGGUGAACCAAUCAAUAACCAGGUUAAAAUAAUACAAUAAAUAUGGCUGACAUAUAUAUAAACAGGAUACACAGGAGGCGGUCAUUUUCGUCGUCAGAGAUACCAUGAAUCAUGAUACUAACGAAACACAAAAGUAAGAAUACCACACUAGAACGCGAACGUCGAUAGACGAGCCGCUGCGCCCCAACCAAUUCAAUGCUUUCAACAAAAUGUCGGUUCCUUAUAUACCUAGAUUCUGUGAGAUUCGUCGACUCUGUUCGAUUCAAUUACCCCGAACCUGUAUGUGCUCUACCAGGCGCAACCGACUACAGAUUUGGUCAGGUAUUACCUUAAACUGGCAAGAACGUCCUUUCAAAUCAUAAAUAUGACGAUUAACAGGUAAAAAAUUGAAUUGAUAGUUUCAAAUGAGAUUGUCGGUAAUUAGCAGGAGAUAAAAAGAGAGUUGGAGACUCAUCUUCGUUCAAGGUGUUUGAAGGAAACUCCCAGGCCGACCGAUUUGGGUCGGGGGUUCCUAAUCAGUCAAUCAGCCGUUCGUUCGUUCGUUCGUUCGUAGCGACUAGUAACUCAAUAUCAGCAACAAGAAGACAAACACUAAAUCCAAUCACCGCUUGUUAUCAUCAUUCAUAUUGUUACCAUUUAUAUGCAUAUAGACAGCUGUUUUGACUUAAUAACUAUUCGUGUAAUCCGUGACAUUUUGCGCUACCGAAAAAAACCAUGGCCAUUGGCGGGACUACGGAACAAUUUUC